CAAAUGUGAGAAAACCUUGGAGUGGGGUGUCCACAGUGUUGGUGUGUAAGUCUGUUUUCUAGGAUGCACAAGUAGUGUAACAGCUAAAUCCUCUGCACAUCAUUGAACUUACUAGAAAAUGUGGAUCUUAAUCUCUUACUCAUGGUCAGCAAACACAAGGGCAUGCUAUUCUGAUUCUUCAAAGAUUGGGCUCUUUGUCAUCUUAUGACAUUACUGUGUGUCCGGGUGUCUGGGUGUGUGUUGAAGGGAGAGUCACUCAUAAUUGCUGUACAGUAGCUUUGGGUCUCAGAGUUUGAAAAUUGUGAUGAUUUCUAGAUUCUCUUGUUUCCUGUCUCUCAGCUGAUCUCCAUUUACCUUUGCAAUACCCUUGUCUGUCUCCAUGAAGGAAUAGAGUGCAUGACAGUGCUCCUGUAGACUUAUUGAGAAGUAGGUGAGAGACGUGUAAAAAUUUGCAGUUGCUCAAAAUAAUAAUUUCAACAGAUAGUCCUGUCAGCCCCUGAUCACCUGGAUUUCUUUAAGAAAAUAUGACAAGCUCAGGGCCUUGGGUUGGGUUGCCCCUUUCUGCAGGCCACUGGGCCCCCCCGGGCUCAUGAGGGGCAAAAGGAAAAACUAACCAGUCCUGCCGUGUUUCCCAGUCGUUAACAUUUAAUCCUGCUUUCACCUGUGUUUCAUGUUUUGUUAGAUAUUCUGCUGGGUCCUGUGAAGGAGGUGAGUUUUUUUUCACAAGGAAAAGAUGAUCUGAAUGUGGAAAUAGGGCUUUCACUGUAGAGCAUUUUUCCAGUUGAUGCUAUUUGUUCUGACUGUUCUAGAACAUAACGGUAGAGAGGAAUGAGACUACAGUUUGUCACAGUCAUACUGUGGAGAGAGAAGUUGAUUGUGUUGUAAGUUUUGUUAAGUCUGAGACAGGCUGCAGUCUGUGAGAAAGCAAAUGUAGAUAGUGAUGGGAUGAGGCUGAUGGCUGAACCCUAGAGUAGACCUUAAUAGAACACAAAACCUUUGUCUCAUCCUCAUGAAAUGUCAGUUCCUCAGGACUCUCAGCCUCACCAUUCCUUUCACACACAUUGGAGUACAUGGUACCUUACUGAAGCAGAAUAUGUGGAAAUUUUUAGGACUCAGUGGCUGUUGAGGAUGUGGCUGUGGACUUUACUCAGGAAGAGUGGGCAUUGCUGGAUCUUUCUCAGAGGCAACUCUACAGAGAUGUGAUGAUGGAAAUCUUCAGAAGCCUGGCCUCAGUAGCCUCUCAAAACCUUAUUGAUGGAGGAAAGCUAUCCACUGAAAAUAUAAUAGUACGAUUCAUGAAAAAUGACACCUGGUCCUCGAUGAUAGGAGAGAUCCACGAAUUGCAUGGCACUGAAGGUCAGGAUAACCACCAGAAAACACAUGUGAGCAUGCUGCCUAUUUUUAACGGAAGGCAUUUGUUAGAGAACCUCUGUGAAAAUAAUGAAGACAAUCAGAUUUUCAGCCAGAUUCCAAAUCUUUCUUUGCUGAAAAGGACUCCUAUGGAAGCAUAUCCUUCUGAAUGCCUUGAGUCUGGAAAAUCCUUGAUGAACCAUUCAACACUUAAGCAUCAUACGAAGUCUCACACUGGAUGCAGUGCCUAUCAGUGUAAGCAAUGUGGAGAAGCCUGUAGUCCCUCUUACCUGAGCACUGCUGUGGGAACUCUUACUGGAGAGAAAUCCUAUGAAUGUAAGCAAUGUGGCAAAGAUUUUUGCCAUUCUUCAGACCUCACUAUACAUAAGAGAAUUCGUGGUGGAGAGAGGAUUUAUGUAUGUAAGGAAUGUGGCAAAGCCUAUAGUUACUCCUCAUACCUCACUAUACAUAUGAGAACUCACAGUGGUGAGAGACCUUAUGAAUGUAAGGAAUGUAGCAAAGCCUUUAGUUUGUCCUCAAACCUCACCAGACAUAUGAGAACUCACAGUGGAGAGAGACCUUAUGAAUGUAAGGAAUGUGGCAAAGCCUUUCACUGGUCCUCACACCUCACCAGACAUACGAGAACUCACAAUUCAGAGAGACCUAAUGAAUGUAAGCAAUGUGGCAAAACCUUUCAUCGGUCCUCACACCUCGCUUCACAUAUAAGAACUCACGGUGAGAGGUCUUAUGAAUGUAAGGAAUGUGGCAAAGCCUUCCAUCGGUCCUCAUACCUCACCAGACAUAUGAAAACUCACAAUGCAGAGAGACCUUAUGAAUGUAAGGAAUGUGGCAAAGCCUUUAGUCAGUCCUCACACCUUACUUUACAUAUAAGAACUCACAGUGGUGAGAGGCCUUAUGAAUGUAAGGAAUGUGGCAAAGCCUAUAGUCGCUCUUUAAACCUCACUGAACAUAUGAGAACUCACUGUGGAGAGAGACCUUAUAAAUGUAUGGAAUGUGGCAAAACCUUCUGUUACUAUUCAAGCCACACUGUACAUAUAAGAACUCACAGUGGUGAGAGGCCUUAUGAAUGCAAGGAAUGUGGCAAAGCCUUUAGUCGCUCCUCAAACCUCACUGUACAUUUGAAAACUCACUGUGGAGAGAGACCUUAUGAGUGUAAGGAAUGUAGCAAAGCCUUUAGUUUGUCCUCAAACCUCACCAGACAUAUGAGCACUCACAGUGGAGAGAGACCUUUCGAAUGUCAGGACUGUGGCAAAGCCUUUCGUCGGUCCUCAUACCUCACUUCACAUAUAAGAACUCACAGUGGUGAGAGGCCUUAUGAAUGUAAGGAAUGUGGCAAAGCCUUUCGUGAGUCAUCACACCUCACUGCACAUAUUAAAACUCACAGUGGAGAGAGACCUUAUAAGUGUACGGAAUGUGGCAAAACCUUUCGUCAGUCCUCACACCUCACUGCUCAUACGAGAACUCACAGUGGUGAGCGGCCUUAUGAAUGUAAGGAAUGUAGCAAAGCCUUUAGUCGGUCAUCACUACUCACUACACAUGUAAGAACUCACAGUGGUGAGAGGUCUUCUGAAUGUAAGUAAUACAGAAAGCCUUUCGUCAGUCAUCAACCAUCACUAGACACGAGUUCACAGUGGAGAGAGGCCUUCAGUAAGUAUGUGGGAAAGCCUUUAGUCUUCAGUGCUUGCUGAACAUAAGUAACCGCACAGUGGGAGAGACUUUAUGAAUGUAAGGAAUGUGGAAAAGCAUUUAGUUGCUUCUUAUCCCUCGAUGAAUACGUAAAAUAUCACCCUGGAGAGAAACAUUUUUUAUAUAUAGAAUGUGGGAAAUUCCGUUGUGAUUCCUGAAACCUCAGUAAUCAUAAAAAUUCAUGGCUUAGGCUUUAUAAAUGUAAGCAGUUUUUCCAUGUAUAUGAAUUAUUAUGAUGAAACAACCGAUACUUAAUUGCAGACAUUCACUUCACCCUUUAUGCUCCUACAAAUAAGGUCAGUUUCCUACCAGAA